UUAUCUUUAGCCAAGUACAUUUACUUUUCUUACUGGAUUCGUCAGCUAGUCUUUGACAUUAUGGCUGGUUUGGAUUUAAUUGAUCUUAAACUUGUUGAAUUUACAUAUUUUAUAACAUUCUGUGUUGUAAUCUAUUCUGUGGUUAGUGCAUCGAUUUAUGCAUACUUGAUAUCAGUGUUUACACUUUAUGUUUGUUUGAAAGUUAUUCGUAAAAAAUCUACAGGGACAAUAGAGAUUAAACACCAAGGUGUUUUUAUCACUGGCUGUGAUACAGGGUUUGGACAUGAUCUGGCUAGAAGACUGGACAGUCUACAGUUUACAGUUUUUGCCGGGUGUCUUCAUCCAGAAGGUGACGGAGCUAAGAAGUUAAAAUCAGCGUCAUCCAAACGCCUGCAUGUUGUUCCCCUAGAUGUUGGAUCAGAUGAAAGUGUACAGGAAGCGCAUGACUAUGUUGUAAAACAUCUACCAAAUAGUGGUAUGUGGGCGAUUGUAAGUAACGCCGGAUUCAACGUCAUGGGCGAUGUAGAAUUGUGUACCAUCGAUUUGUACAAGAAGGCCAUGAAUGUCAACUAUUUUGGUGCUAUACGUACAAUCAGAAAUUUUCUUUAUAUGGUCCGUAAAAAUAAAGGAAGAGUUGUGAUUGUAUCAAGCGUAAAGGGACGGUUUCCAUUUCCGGCUGAUUCAGCAUAUCACGUGACAAAGCAUGGACUGGAAACGAUGGGAGAUAGUCUCCGACUAGAGAUGCUCAAGUUUGGCGUUCAGGUUUCAAUUAUUGAACCUGGCGCUUAUGCUAGUGCCACUUCAUGUCAAAAUAAACAUGUUUUUGACCGAUACAGGGAAGAGGCGGAUGAGAUGUGGAAAACAGCGACGGAGGAUGUACGCAAGACAUAUGGUAGAAAAUACGUUGACGCGGAAAUUGCCAAACAGGAAAAUGCCAUAACAGGAAGUGCCUUAACCUCUAAACCAGUCAUAGACGCUUUGGAAGACGCUAUCGUCAGUGAACGUCCACAUACACGAUAUUUGGUCGGUGGCGGAAUCUGGUUUGACCCUCAUGCAACCAUGGCCCGGUACUACGACUAUCUUCCAACUUGGCUGACAGACUGGAUCAUUAUAAAAUGGUCUGGUUGUGAUAAGUUCCCGGACUACAAGAAACUGAAACUUGAAUGAUACAUUCAGUAUAUGAUGUAAUUAUUAACUAAAAGAACUCAGGAAAUUUGACAACUUAUUGUUUCUUUCCCUUUGAAGUCGCUUUAAAUUAGUGAAAUUAAUAAAUAUAGGUAAAGAUUUAUACUUUGAAAUGCAUUUAGGAUUCUUCUAACCCAUCUAAGUCAUGAUUUCACCAAUAAAUGUGUUUAGUCGUCUGUUUAUUUCAUUCAAAACCAUUUGAUUUUAUUAUCCUGUUGACUUGUUUCUUGAAGAAUAUAUACGCAAGGGAAUACUAACCAUCGUGUUAUUUUUGAAAUAGAAACAUUGAAGUGCUAAAUCGUAUAUCCAACCAUGUAGAAAUGUUCCUAGUAAAUAAAAGGUGGGAAACCCUA